ACAAGUAUAUGAGGGGUUGUGUGAAAAUUAUUUUUCUCCUGCGGAACCACAAAGACCUAGAAUCUAAGUGCUUGCUUUGGACAUUCUGGCUUUUCUCUCUUUCUCUUUUCCUUCUUCUCUCUUCUGUUUCUUGUGGAUAUUAUGGCUAAUAACACGACAAGUUUAGGGAGUCCAUGGCCAGAGAACUUUUGGGAGGAUCUUAUAAUAUCCUUCACAGUGUCUAUGGCAAUAGGGCUCGUCAUCGGAGGAUUUAUUUGGGCUCUGUUUGUUUGUCUGUCUCGAAGAAGGGCCAGUGCCCCCAUCUCACAGUGGAGUUCAAGCCGGCGAUCCAGGUCUUCUUACACCCAUGGCCUCAACAGGACUGGGUUUUACCGUCACAGCGGCUGUGAACGUCGAAGCAACCUCAGCUUGGCCAGCCUCACCUUCCAGCGACAAGCUUCCAUGGAUCCAGCAAAUUCCUUUCCAAGAAAAUCAAGCUUCAGGGCUUCAACAUUCCAUCCAUUCCUGCAAAGCCCACCACUUCCCGUGGAAACUGACAGUCAGCUGAUGACUCUCCCUACUUCCAGUGCCUCUUCUGCAGUCAACACCUUCCACAGUCUGAGCCGUCCUGAUUUCCACUGGUCCAGUAACAGUCUCCGCCUUGGCCUCUCCACACCACCUCCACCAGCCUAUGAGUCCAUCAUAAAAGCAUACCCAGAUUCCUGAGUAGAGGCUUUCAUUGUUAAUCUGCUUCUUUCUUUUCUUAUUUUUUAUAGAAAGGAAAUAAUAAAUAGCCUAAAGAGACUUUCCAGGGCACAGUCCGAUGACUGGUGAGUUUUCAAGCUCUAAUGUGUCCAUGGUGGACGUAACAAUGUAAAACACAUCUUUAAUACAUUUGUCCUUGUGCCUCACAGAAAGGUAAUUUUUUCCCAAAUAGUUAUGUAUUUAUGCCUUUUUUUAUUCAAGGUGAGGAUUUUGAAAGAUUGUGCUGUCAUCUAACCAUCAGUUGUGAAAUAGUAUAUAUAUUCUUACUAAAAUAAAAAUUUCAGGUAUUUUUGGUUUACAAUCCUCUUUCACUUCUUGAUAUGACUAUAAUGGGGAAAAAUCAGCUUGCCUCUUUUUAAACAUGUUUUAAAAAACGUUUUCUAUCUUAAGGAAUUUUAAUUUUACUUUCUUUAGUCUAACAAGUAAAUCAUUUUACAAUCUUAGAUUUUUAAUUAAUAUUUGGGCACAAAAUGAGAGAAUAGAGGUGACUGAAGUUCCUUGAUUCUCCUUAUUUAUGGAAGUGAAGUAAUCAAGAAAAGGAAGGCAAACUCUUUGGGUGGUGUAGGAUUUUUUAUUUUUGACCCUUAUUUUUUCCUAAAUUUCCUUUAUGCUUUUACCAAGCAUAGCUCUCCACAUCACUGAGGCGAACUCUGGAUUUGCUAACAUGAUGAUUUAACUUUUCUCCAUUUGUGUAGUUACAUUGUUAAAAAAGCAACAACAGCCAUUCCAACUCAUUUGCCCUCAAACAAACUUUCACACUGAGUUUCCAUCUUUCUGAAGGUCGAUAAAUUUUCUUUCUCAGAUUUGAAACUAGAAACUGGAAGAGCACUUUAUCCAGGGGUCUUUCCUUAUAACUUCAAAACAAAUUAGUAAGGGCCGCGGGGGAAAAGUUGUCCUCAAAAUAGUUGUUGUGGCUAUGAAGAAUCCUCUUUCCUGGAUGUACUCAUAAGACAUCAUCCCUUGUUUGCUUAAAAUUUCAACCUCAGAUUCUCUGAAGAGUUUUUGUAAAAUGACUAAACAGAGCCGUGGGUUUGUUGGAGGAAUCCACUUCCACAUGAGGAAGGUACAUCCCAAAACGUGGGUACCAGAAAUUUCCAGUGGCCAAAGGUCUGCGGCUGCACCUUUUCACAUAAGGACUCCAUUUCACUGAAGUACUCCUCGGAAGGCCUGUGGUUCCUCUGUGAUAUGGGGAACAUUUUGCUUAUGUUGCUGUCUGUUCCUGUGAACAUUGGGAUUUUCAGUGAAGAAAAAUACUUGUUUCAGUUCCUGAAGCGCAGCGUUCACAAACAAGCGUCUGAUUGUGAUGACUUCUACAUAAUAAGAGAUUCCAUAUAGCAUUUCUUUCCUAUUUUCAUUUAGCCAUUGUUCUCAAGGACACUUAUUCUUAAUGAUGUGUGUAGAUCAAUGUUCUCUCAUGUAAUGUAUCUGAGUGAAAAAAAGGAAGGCUAGGAGGAGGGAAGAGAGAAGAGUAGCUAGGAGGAAGAAAGCAAAGAACAAAAGCUGACUGGACAACCAAGUUAUUAUAAAUUGAUUUUUUAAUAUAGCAAUGUAGCAGCUGUCAUAUAGCCAAGUAAGAGUGUAAGAGUGUUAACUGAAUAACAAGAUUAUUUUUGGCUUGUAUGUCAUUCUAAAUGUCUAAUAUGUGAAGUAAGCAAAGCCUAUGGUUUUUAUAAAGAAUUGACAUUGGGAAUAAAAACUGCUUACUUUCUUUCAAACUAGGAAACUGAGAACUGAAAUCCUCUGAUGUAUUUAACCAUCUGGCAGAAUUGUGAUUCUCCCUUCCUUAAUUAUGAAGCAAUCAAAAUGAAUAUCUUGUAAAUAUUGUGAAAUGUAUGAAGUGUGAAAUUAAAGCAAAAGCUGGAGACUUUUCUAGUUAUAUGUUUUAUGUGAUAUGUUUUGUUGAUUAUGACACAAA